AAAGGUACAAUCGUGGCACCCGCAAACUUGCCGUUGGAUAUUGGAAUCUCUCUCCCUCUCUCUCUCCCUCUCUCUCUGGACAUAUAAUUGGGAACACCCACGUUUGCAUUUUGUGCACACGGCGCCAGAGAUACAGAGACAGAAACAGAGAGAUUAAAUAGUUAAGACAGAGAGAUUAAAUAGAUAUCUGUGAAUGUAAAAUUUUUGGGUUUUAAAUUGGGUUGCGACAAGGGCAUCACUCAAUCUCUUGCUUCAUUCCAAAACAGAGAUUUCCUACAAACUUACAGAAAAGGAGAAAAAAAAAAGAGCUUUCUUUGCUUCAAGCAUAUACGAUUCCCAUCUCGUCUCAAUUUUCAGGAGCUCUGCUCAAGGAGAAGAUAGCUUGUUCAAGGAGUUUUUAAGGCUUCGAUAUAAGUUGAUUUCCUUGCAAAUUUUUUUGAAUUCAUUUGGUGGAUGUUGAGAAAUUGAAGAUGGGGGAUCACUUUGUGUUGCUGGUGGAUCGUUUGCUCACAGAGUCCACGUUAGAAGCUGCAAUUGAGAGCAGAAACCGGUCCAUGCAAGCUACAUCCUCAGCAGUUGAUGAGAAGAAAAUCGAUAACCCUUCCCAUAAGGUGGAUUAUGGAAAUAUAUCGUCUCCCAGCAAAUUGGUGGAAUGCAGGAUAUGCCAGGAUGAGGAUGAGGAUUCAAAUAUGGAGACGCCCUGCUCUUGCUGUGGCAGCUUGAAGUAUGCCCACCGCAAAUGUGUACAGAGGUGGUGUAAUGAGAAGGGUGACACUACAUGUGAGAUAUGCCACCAGCAAUUUAACCCUGGUUAUACUGCUCCUCCCCCUCUGUUUCAACUUGGGCGUGUUCCAAUGAACUUCAGGGGAAAUUGGGAGAUAUCUAGAAGGAACUUGAAUAGUCCCCGAAUUAUAGCAAUGGUUUCAACUAACCCUAAUUUCCUGAAUCCUGACUAUGAGGAGUAUUCAGCUACUACUACAAGAAGUUUGAUAUGUUGCCGUUCAGUUGCUUUCAUCUUCAUGGUUCUUCUGACUUUACGGCAUACUCUUCCCCUCAUAUUUAGCGGAAACAAUGAGUACUCUUUCCCACUGUCUAUGCUGUUACUUCUACGAACUGCUGGGAUUGUUCUUCCAAUCUACAUUAUAGUGAGAGCAGUAACUUCUCUUAAGCGCCGCCGACAUCCACCGGAGCCUUCCAUUUCAUCAUCAGAUGAUGAUGAAACUGAACAUUCAACACAGCAUCCCCAGCCUCAUAUCAUUCAUGUACAGGUAUAGCCGGCGGAAAUUGAAGAGAUGGCGUCGACUUGCUUAGCAGUAUCUACCAAUAUUUAUAUUGUUCUUGUUUCAAGGAGAAUACUAGAAAUCAGUUCAAGAAUGAAAAGAAAGAAAAUGGAAAUUGGGAUCCGAUGCUUUCUUUGGACAAGUGUGGUGGAAUUCUAGUCCCACCAAAAAGGUUUUAGGCGCCUUCUUUGUUAUCUUUCAGACCAAGAGGCUACACUUGAAGUCUUGAAACACUUCCCUCGUUGUAUCGUCUGAAUACUUUGUACGGCCAGAAAAGUAUCCCAGUGUGUGUAUACAGAAAAUAUGCCAAAAAAAAAAAAAAAAAAUGAAAAAUGAAAAAACAAGCCAAGCUAUUGAAGGUGAAGUACUUAUAUUUUUCAAACUGUAAAUACCAAGUUCGUAUUUAUGAUUACCAAUACUGUAUUGAUUAUUGAAUAGAUACAAGUUAAUGGAGCAAUAGAAGUUGAAUUAUUGCUUUGCUUUAA